AUGCCUCUCCUGGAAGGUCAUGUGGGAGUAGAGGACCUUGUCCUCCUGGAACCCCUGGAUGAGGAGUCUCUGAUCAAGAACCUCCAGCUCCGUUAUGAAAACAAGGAGAUUUAUACCUACAUCGGGAAUGUGGUGGUCUCAGUGAAUCCAUACCAGCAGCUUCCCAUCUAUGGCCCAGAACUCAUUGCCAAAUACCGGGACUACACCUUCUAUGAGCUGAAACCCCACAUCUACGCUCUGGCAAACGUGGCCUACCAAUCACUGAGGGAUCGGGACCGAGACCAGUGCAUUCUCAUCACAGGCGAGAGUGGAGCUGGGAAGACCGAGGCCAGUAAGCUGGUGAUGUCCUACGUGGCUGCCGUCUGUGGGAAAGGGGAGCAGGUGAACUCUGUGAAGGAACAGCUGCUUCAGUCAAACCCGGUGCUGGAGGCAUUUGGCAAUGCCAAGACCAUCCGUAAUGAUAACUCUUCUCGAUUUGGAAAAUACAUGGACAUCGAGUUUGAUUUCAAAGGGUCCCCGCUUGGUGGUGUCAUCACAAACUAUCUGCUUGAGAAAUCCCGAGUGGUGAAGCAACUCAGAGGGGAGAGGAACUUCCACAUCUUCUAUCAGCUGCUGGCUGGAGCAGAUGCCCAGCUGCUGGAGUCUCUAAAGCUCGAGCGGGAUACAAGUGACUAUACCUAUCUGAACGGGGAAAUGUCCAGAGUGGAUGGCAUGGAUGACGCCUCCAAUUUCAGGGAAGUACAGAGUGCGAUGUCAGUGAUUGGGUUCACAGAGGAGGAAAUAAAACAAGUGCUGGAGGUCACUGCUCUGGUCCUGAAGCUGGGGACUAUAAAGCUGACGGAUGAGUUCCAGGCCAACGGGAUACCAGCAAGUGGCAUCUGUGAUGGGAAAGGUAUUCGGGAGAUCGGGGAGAUGAUGGGUUUGAGCCCGGUGGAACUAGAGAGAGCUUUGUGCUCAAGGACCAUGGAGACAAACAAAGAAAAAGUGGUUACGGUGCUGAAUGUCACGCAGGCUCAGUAUGCUCGGGAUGCCCUGGCUAAGAACGUUUACAGCCGCCUCUUCGACUGGAUAGUGAAUCGCAUCAAUGAGAGCAUCAAGGUGGGCACUGGGGAGAAGAGGAAGGUCAUGGGGGUCCUGGAUAUCUAUGGAUUUGAGAUAUUGGAGGAUAACAGCUUCGAGCAGUUCGUGAUCAACUAUUGCAAUGAGAAGCUACAGCAGGUGUUCAUAGAGCUGACCUUGAAGGAGGAACAAGAGGAAUACAAGAGAGAAGGCAUCCCAUGGACAAAGGUGGACUACUUUGACAAUAGCAUCAUCUGCAACCUCAUUGAGCAUAGUCAGCGAGGCAUCCUGGCUAUGCUGGAUGAGGAAUGCCUGAGACCUGGGGUGGUCAGCGACUCCACUUUCCUAGCCAAGCUGAACCAGCUCUUCUCUAAGCACAGUCACUACGAGAGCAAAGUCACCCAGAAUGCCCAGCGCCAGUACGACCGCACCAUGGGCCUCAGCUGCUUCCGCAUCUGCCACUACGCGGGCAAGGUGACGUACAACGUGACCAGCUUCAUCGACAAGAAUAAUGACCUACUCUUCCGAGACUUGUCCCAGACGAUGUGGAAAGCCCAGCAUACCCUUCUUCGGUCCCUGUUCCCAGAGGGGAAUCCCAAAGAAGCCUCUCUCAAACGUCCCCCGACUGCUGGGACCCAGUUUAAGAAUUCGGUGGCCGUCCUCAUGAAGAACCUGUAUUCUAAGAACCCCAACUACAUCAGGUGCAUAAAACCCAACGACCAGCAGCAGCGAGGCAAGUUUUCCUCGGAGCUAGUGGGGGUCCAGGCCCGAUACCUGGGCCUGCUGGAGAAUGUCCGGGUGCGCAGGGCAGGCUAUGCCUUCCGCCAGAGCUAUAAGCCUUUCCUCGAAAGGUACCGAUUGCUGAGCAGGAGCACCUGGCCUCGCUGGAGUGGGGGAGAUCGGGAAGGUGUGGAGAAAGUCCUGGAGUCUCUGACUGUGUCCUCAGAGGAGCUGGCCUAUGGGAAGACAAAGAUCUUCAUCAGAAGCCCCAAGACCCUUUUCUACCUGGAGGAGCAGAGGCGCCUGAGGCUUCAGCAGCUAGCCACCCUCAUUCAGAAGGUCUACCGGGGCUGGCGCUGCCGGACUCACUACCAACAGAUGCGCAAGAGUCAGAUCCUCAUCUCUGCUUGGUUUCGGGGCAACAAGCAAAAGAGACAUUAUGGGAAGAUGAAGGCCUCAGCGCUGCUGAUCCAGGCUUUUGUGAGAGGGUGGAAGGCCCGCAAGAAUUACCGAAAAUACUUCCGGUCAGGUGCUGCCCUCACCUUGGCAAAUUUUAUCUAUAAGAGCAUAGCACAGAAGUUCCUCUUGAAUCUGCAGAAGAAUUUGCCACCUGCCAAAGUGUUGGACAACACGUGGCCAGCUGCCCCUUACAGGUGCUUCAACACAGCCAAUCAGGAGCUGCGGCAACUGUUCGUCCAGUGGAAGUGCAAGAAGUUCCGAGAUCAGCUGUCCCCAAAGCAGGUGCAGACGCUGAGGGAAAAGCUCUGCGCCAGCGAACUGUUCAAGGGCAGGAAGGCUUCUUACCCCCAGAGUGUCCCUAUUCCAUUCCGUGGUGACUACAUUGGACUGCAGGGGAACCCCAAGCUGCAGAAACUGAGGGGCAGGGAGGAAGGGCCUAUCCUGGUGGCAGACACCGUAAAGAAGGUCAACCGUGGCAACGGCAAGACAUCUACUCGGAUUCUUCUCCUGACCAAGGGCCACGUGAUUCUCACAGACACCAAGAAGUCCCAGGCCCAAAUUGUCAUUGGUCUGGAGAAUGUGGCUGGGGUAUCCGUCACCAGCUUGCAGGAUGGACUCUGUAGCUUGCAUCUGAGUGAGACGUCAUCGGCAAGCACCAAGGGGGACAUACUACUAGUCAGUGACCAUGUGGUUGAACUGCUGACCAAAAUGUACCAAGCUGUGCUGGAUGCCACGCAGAGGCAGCUUUCUGUCACUGUGACUGAGAAGUUUUCAGUGAGGUUCAAGGACAGCAGCGUGGCUGUCAAGGUCACCCAAGGCCCUGCGGGGAGUGGGAACAGCAAGCUGGUUUGCAAGAAGAAGGGAAGUCACUCCAUGGAGGUGACUGUGCAGUGAAGAGGUUGGGGGGCCUCUUGGAGACGCAACUCCUUCCUUUGGAUCAAAACUUCACGUCUGACGUGAGGUGGGGCUUAGAGAUGAAGA